AUGCUUCAUCCCGCGGCGCUUCUUGCCAUUGUUUGCGCUGGCUACGUGCUGGCCCUGCUGAUUUACCGGCUGUGGUUUUCUCCUUUGGCCAAAUUUCCAGGCCCCAAGAUCGCAGCUGCGACGCUGUGGUAUGAAACAUACCACGAUGCAUUUCGGUGGGGACAGUACACGUUUGAGAUUGCCAAAAUGCACGAGAAAUAUGGCUCCAUUGUCCGGAUUAGCCCACAUGAGCUGCAUAUCAACGACCCGGACUACUACGAAGUCCUGUACUCUCGCGACAGCCCACGAAACAAGUAUGCGUACUUCACGACGCAGUUCGGCAUUAGUCGCAGCACGAUUGCGACUGUCGACCAUUACCACCACCGCAUGUUACGCUCGAACAUGAACCCUUACUUUUCAAUCACUCGCGUUCGGAAGCAAGAACCGCUUAUACAAGGCCUCGUGAACAAGCUCGUCGAUCGGAUUAGUGCGUACAAGAACACAGGAACGCCGAUUGACCUGCAGCACGCCUUUACCUGCUUCACGACCGAAGUUGUCUCCGAUUACACCAUGGGCACGGGGCUUCACUAUCUCGACGAACCCGAUUUCAUUCCCGAAUAG